CGCGGAGCGCAGCUGUGAGCGAGUCUUUCUGAUCCGGGGCCCCGGAACCCGAGCUGGAGCUGAAGCGCAGGCUGCGGGGAGCGGAGUCGGGAGGCCUGAGUGUUUGUUCCAGCAUGUCGGAGGGGGAGUCCCAGACAGUACUCAGCAGUGGCUCAGACCCAAAGGUAGAAUCCUCAUCCUCAGCUCCUGGCCUGACGUCAGUGUCACCUCCUGUGACCUCCACAACCUCAGCAGCUUCCCCAGAGGAAGAAGAGGAAAGUGAAGAUGAGUCUGAGAUCUUGGAAGAGUCACCCUGUGGGCGCUGGCAGAAGAGGCGAGAAGAGGUGAAUCAGCGGAAUGUACCGGGUAUUGACAGUGCAUACCUGGCCAUGGAUACAGAGGAGGGUGUAGAGGUUGUGUGGAAUGAGGUACAGUUCUCUGAGCGAAAGAACUACAAGCUGCAGGAGGAAAAGGUCCGUGCUGUGUUUGAUAAUCUGAUUCAGUUGGAACAUCUCAACAUUGUCAAGUUUCACAAGUAUUGGGCUGACAUUAAAGAGAACAAGGCCAGGGUCAUUUUUAUCACAGAAUACAUGUCAUCUGGGAGUCUUAAGCAAUUUCUGAAGAAGACCAAAAAGAACCACAAGACUAUGAAUGAAAAGGCUUGGAAGCGUUGGUGCACACAAAUCCUCUCUGCCCUAAGCUACCUGCACUCCUGUGACCCCCCCAUCAUCCAUGGGAACCUGACCUGUGACACCAUCUUCAUCCAGCACAACGGACUCAUCAAGAUUGGCUCUGUGGCUCCUGACACUAUCAACAAUCAUGUGAAGACUUGUCGGGAAGAACAGAAGAAUCUCCACUUCUUUGCACCAGAAUAUGGAGAAGUCACUAAUGUGACAACGGCAGUAGACAUCUACUCCUUUGGCAUGUGUGCACUGGAGAUGGCAGUGCUAGAGAUUCAGGGCAAUGGAGAGUCCUCAUAUGUGCCACAGGAAGCCAUCAGCAGUGCCAUUCAGCUUCUAGAAGACCCAUUACAGAGGGAGUUCAUUCAAAAGUGCCUGCAGUCUGAACCCGCUCGCAGACCAACAGCCAGAGAACUUCUGUUCCACCCAGCACUGUUUGAAGUGCCCUCGCUCAAACUCCUUGCUGCCCACUGCAUUGUGGGACACCAGCACAUGAUCCCAGAGAAUGCUCUGGAGGAGAUCACCAAAAACAUGGAUACCAGUGCUGUACUGGCUGAAAUCCCUGCAGGACCAGGAAGAGAACCAGUUCAGACAUUGUACUCUCAGUCACCAGCUCUGGAACUGGAUAAAUUCCUUGAAGAUGUCAGGAACGGGAUCUACCCCCUGACGGCCUUUGGGCUGCCUCGGCCCCAGCAGCCACAGCAGGAGGAGGUGACAUCACCUGUGGUGCCGCCUUCUGUCAAGACUCCAACACCUGAACCCGCUGAGGUGGAGACCCGCAAGGUGGUGCUGAUGCAGUGCAACAUCGAGUCGGUGGAGGAGGGCGUCAAACACCAUCUGACGCUUCUGCUGAAGCUGGAGGACAAACUGAACCGGCACCUGAGCUGUGACCUGAUGCCAAAUGAGAACAUCCCCGAGUUGGCGGCGGAGCUGGUGCAGCUGGGCUUCAUUAGCGAGGCGGACCAGACGCGACUGACUUCUCUGCUGGAGGAGACCCUGAGCAAGUUCAAUUUUGCCAGGAACAGCACCCUCAACUCAGCCGCUGUCACCGUCUCCUCUUAGAGCUCACUCGGGCCCAGCCCCUAAUCUGAGCUGUGGCUGUGCUACGACAUGUGCUACAGCCUUCCUGCCCCUUCCCCCCAGACAGUAUUACCCUGUGAAGCCCCUCUCUCCUUUAUUAUUCAGGAGGGCUUUGGGGCUCCCCGGUUCUGAGCAUCACCCUACCCACCCCUCCCCUUCUCUUCCAUCCCUCUGCACUUUGUUUACUUGUUUUGCACAGACGUGGGCCUGGGCCUUCUCAGCAGCCGCCUUCUAGUCGGGGGCUAGUAGCUGAUCUGCUGGCUCCCGCCCAGCCUGUGUGGAAAGGAAGCCCACGGGCGCUGGGAGCUGAAUUCUACAAUCCCGCUGGGGCGGACGGGGCGGGAGAGAAGGGUGGUGCUGCAGGGGUGGCCCCGGGGGGCCAUUCGAUUCGCCUCAGUUGCUGCUGUAAUAAAAGUCUACUUUUUGCUA